AUGAUGGAUGCAGAUACUAGUGGACACUCUGACAUAUCUAUAUGCAGUGAUGAUACAGAAUUUCUUCUUGGUCAGAAUGUGUCUAUCAGGGAAAUAGAUGAUGAUGAUGUCAUCCAUGCUCAUGAAAAUGUAAAAAUCCCAUUAUCUGUUGGUAAAUCCUACCAUUCGUCACCUCAAUGUUCACCUCAAAAACUACAGCAAGUUAACUCCAGUAAUUUGAGAUCUCCUCAAAGAAAGGGAGGGAAUACUAAACCGGGGAAAGGACAGGAUGUUAUACAAAGAUCACCCAGUAAUAGCAAACCAAAGCAAUCUUCUGCAGAAGAAUCAUUUAAGAGUAACAUCAAAACAAAAGCAGAUAAGAAGUCACAACCUCGACAGAAUUAUGCGCCAAAAGAAAAUUUAAAGGGGCAAACACCUCAGACUAGUUAUGGCUCAGAACCAGCAAGAUACAAUAAAAAUGGUGAAAGGACACCAAAAAGCAAGAAACAAGUUCCAGAUAACCUUGCCAAGCAUCCACAUGGUGUAGGUAACUUUCAGUCACCAGAGAGUCACAAAUCAAUUCAUGCACAUCAAAAUGUCAUUGGUAGUCCAACAGUAAAGUCUGAAUCACCAUACAAAUCAUCGCAAUUAAUUCCCCCAUCAAGAGACAAAGCAAAUGCAAAGAGAAAGCAAGUUGAGUUUGGUAGGUCACUAUUACAUGAACACUAUAUUCCUGGCAAUCAGAACAACUGGGAAAUUGACUCAGAGAUAUCAUUAGAAUUAGUAAAUGGUGAGCAAAAGUUUGUAGAAACAGAAUCAAAUGAUUUAGAAAGUCAAAUGUCUGAGGCAACUGAAGAUCUGAUGGCAGGGCAGGAUGAGGAUGAGGAGGAUUUCACUGAGAAGCUCAAGGAACUUAACUUAGCUGUGAAUUAUGAUGCUGGUACAAAUGGUGAGUAACUUUCCAAAGCUUUAUCUCCUUCCUCUAAAAGAAUCUGCUUAAUUCAUUCAGCAUUACAUGUCCAAGCUUGUUUGGCAGACAUCUUACAAAAGAGGAAAGGAAAGAAAUUCUUUUAACUUCGGAAAAUGUUUUAAUAUGUACAGAAUACUUUGAUGACAAAGUAAGAGAAGGAGCAGAACUUUUAUCCAAGCUGUUUGGUGGUCAGGUGGAUAAUUACUACAGCUCCUCCAGGUGAGUUAGAUUGGUUUAAACUGCUUAUCAAGGAUUACAUUGGUUUUGCUUUAUGUCACUCACAACCAAUCAGAAACAAAACUCAAGUUAUUUAAACCAUGAUAACUCAUGUUCUCCCACAUUCAAGACCAUUAGCAUGUUCUUACUCUUUGUCAGAAUCUUGAUUAUUUCCUUGUAAUAAUUGUACUCUUGCCGAUUGGCCAUUACAUUUUCUUUCAUUUUGGCCUCAGGAAACUCAAUCAAUACUCUGUCCAGUUAAAAAUUUAUAUCAUUCUUCAACAUCAUUUGUAAUAAUCAUGGCAGAGUGGUAACACAAUUAAGUAUUACUCCUGGGUUUGAACCAUUAACAGUUUUUGGCAUUUUGUUAUGAAUUCAGUACAAGAAAGAGAUUGUAACCAAUAUUUAACCAUUCCUGAUUCUUUGAAUUUAACUUCUCAUCACUCUGAUCUAGAAAUGAGCUAAUCAUGUCGACUAACAUCUCUACACAUAAUGAUAAUCGUAUUGUGAAAAGACAGCCCUUGUACAUGCGGACAUUGAAAGUUGGGUAAGAAAACUGAUGCUAGCACAUUAACAGUUGUUUAAUAACAUACUUACAAAUAUUCUGAUGAUUUAUUUUACUGACUUUAAGAAGUUAAAGGUUUGCCUAGUGAGAAAGUAACCCUUUGAUUCCCAAGAUAAUAUGUAAUACUGAGACAAACUGACUGAUACUACCAGUCAGUGGAAUUUAGCAUUUAGCUAGUGUUAACAGGUUUAACAGUGUUAGGGUUUUCUGUCUAAUAACUGGACUAUGAUUCUGAAUCAUCCACUAACUCCAAGUUGUCUGGAAUCUUGCUCUAAGGGGGACAGGGGAGUGGUUGGAUGGAGAGUGUGCUGGAACUUAACAAUACUCUACAAUUGUGAGCCCAGGAUAUCAGAAAAUGUUUAUUUGUUUUGCAACUAUUUCUGAAUACCUUUGAUUUUUCUGAGUGCAACCACAUAAUUUUACUCAUAUGUGUGGGUAGUCAGUUGAUUGCAUAUGAUUUCUUGUAGUGGUCAGUCUAAGAGUUCUGCGUCAGGAUCAGCAAGUGUCCAGGAAGGUAAGGAUGUACAGAGUAUAGUUAAAGGUUUAGACUCUUUUUAGUUUAUAGCAAAUUCUCCUGGCUUGCUGGAUAAAGAGUGGACCAUUUUCAGACUUAACUAGUGCACUUGAAUGAAAAUGAUGCUGAUGAUGAUGAUGAUGAUAACUUCAGAGAGAAACAAGUUAAAAAGUGAGCAACUUUUGGAAAAGUUAACUUGAGGCAAAGACAAAGUAAAAAGCUCCUUCAAACUUGGGGAAAACAUCCAUUGUACCGAUCAAAGGGACCUAAAAUCUUGGACUAAAUUUUCAGACCCAGAAAAGAAGAUAGAGAAAUGUUUGAGAUGAGGCUGUCACUUCAUCAUGAAACCUGUUAUGAAAACAUCAGUCUUGACUUGAUUCAAACAUAUUUUGUUUUACAAGAUUCCUAUUUUAACAGUUUCUAGAUCUGACAGUCAUCUUGAGGAAAGGAGAACUCCCAGUCACACUAGUAGCACCACACAGCGCUCUCUUCAACAAUCCAUUUCACCACAAGUGCAGUCACGAACAGAGGAACAGAAUAGUGGGACCUUAACAGAUCAAAGCAGCUCCUUUGAGUCCAGUGUGUCAACAGCAGCUAGAGGACAUAGAUCAACUAGCCAACGUAAAGAGGUGCGAUUUAGAGAUGAAAUAACAUCAUCGAAAGAAAUUAAGCAGCGCGACCAUCGUGUGGUAACAGAUGGUGAGUUUAUCAAGGAGACCUCUGCUUUUAGAGCAGCAAUGAACUAUGAUGAUGAUGAUGAUGACAACACUAGUGACAAUACUGAGGAGCAAAGAGAUUAUUAUUAUGAUCACAAUGAUGAGAUGAAUUAUACUCAAAAUAGAAGGAUGAUACCAGUGCAAAAUCAAGAUGAGUUAGGCAGAGAAACUGUCCAUAAUUAUGAACAGAGAGUAAAAUCACAGUCUUCAUCAAAGCAGCGAGGUGAGGAUUGUUGUAGGUUAUGGAAUGCAGCCAUCAUUAUAUAAUUAACAAACAUAUUUUGUGUUGUUGACUGCGUCUGUUCAGUUAGAGAUCACACAUGACAUCUAAAUGUGGUGUCCACCAAAAAAAAAUUUGGCAUGCUGAUGUCCUUACCAUGUUUUGAAAUCUUCUGUGAUCUAUUUGUGAAGAGACACAUGCUAACAUACAAUCUUAUAAAGAAGCAAAAGGUUGUUAAUGGUGACAUUGUGUAUGCAUCUCCUUCAAUAGAUCACAAGUAAGCACCAAUUUAAAUACAUACAUAACUCAGCUUAUUCAAAUGCAUGUUAUAGCUUAUUACUACCCCAUACAACACACCCUGGAAGUAAGAAAACUUUAACAUCGCAACAUUGUGAGGUGUAAGUGCACUGGGUGCCUAUACACAACAGAAAAUGAGCACUAGUUUGCCUAACCAACAGUUGGCUGUCUUUUACACCUGUGCUAAUUGAGCUAGAUGUAGCACUUUAUUCACCUUUAAACACACACAGGAGAUCUGGAUCUGUAUGCAGGAUUCUUGACAUGUAUGAACUUAGUGUAUGACUGAGACCACCAACAAGUUUUAUUCAGCUCAGUGGUAAAACAUCUGACUAUAUAACAUAUACACACAUUUUUUGCAGGGACAUCUCAUCAUCGUACAGAUGAAAGUUUUUCAUCACCACACAGGAACAGGACUGAGCAGCGGUAAUUAUGAUGGCCUUUAAAUUCCAUCUAGAAACCAUUUUGUGCUCAAGGGUUCUUGUUGUCCUUGGGUUUGCAGGUUUAAUGUGGAGAAGUUUUCUGAUAGUAAGAGUUCCAGAAGGUUGGACUAUCAGGACAAUGGACCAGCACCUGCAGGAUUUAUGACAUCAACUCCUCACCAAAAACUUGAGCCUGUCUUUUCAUCACCCAAGGCUUUUCAGGUUGGUUAAACCAUUUAGAAUUGAAUAUCUACUAGUUUUGAUAUUCUGGUUAUUGUAUGGAAACAAGGGCAUUAUUACCUGCUUUGUAAAUGGUUAAUAAGGGUAACAAGUCAAGGAGAUCAAAUGAAUUUUUGAGUUCCUCAUAACUAAAGGGGAUGGAUUACUGAUCUAGAGGUCUGGGCCCAAGCGGCAACAGGGUUUUUUUUGUGUUCUUUAGCCAAACACUUUAUACUCACAGUGCCCCUUUCCCCUCAGGGCCAGGUUUAAAGCUGGGUGAAGAAAACCCAGGGUUAGUGUUAAAUAUGAUUUCAGAUCUGAAAGCUUUGAAAAAAAUUCAAUGUAUCUAUUUUUGUCUACAAUUUGAUGAUAAGAUGUUCUGAAAAGAAACAAAGAAAAUUAUCUGAAGAAGGCUUUUAAACAAAGGAAUAAAAAACCAGGUUUAAAAUUUAAAUAUAAAUGGUACCAGCAAUCUGUCAGAUAAACCUUUCAAGAUGCUGAGGGAUUUUCCUUAAUGAACCAGAAACUUAUCCAGGAUAAGAGGACAUACCUAACCCUACUUGAUACAUCAUUCCUUUCCACAUCACCCACCAAAAGCACAAUGCAUUAUCUCUCUAUGAAAAAAAAAGGGUUUCUUAACAGCCAUUACUCUAAUAAAAAAUAUUACAAGUAUGUUUAUUUCCUUAGGUAGAGAAGGUGGAGGUGCAAAAAGAAACUCAGAGGAUAAUGCUUAAGGUAAGAGGUUUAAGGAAAAUUCAGUUUCUUUAACUUAUAAUAUAUUCCAAUAAAAAAAAAACAAGGAUGUUGAUUUAACCCAGGAACAGUUCUCUUUCAUUGUGCAGUUGGUUUUUUUUUUUUUUUUUUUUUUUUAACUCAUCCGCUGGAUAGUAAUUUAUCUGUUGGAUAGCGUUAUCCACCCUUGGAACAACUGAACCUUGGCAAGUAUCUCUAUGUUGCCUCCUCCUCUGAUAGAUGGGAGGUAUGGGAGGAUCAUACUGAGUAAAGUCUAAUUUCUCCACCAAACUUCACCCCUAAUUUACACAUUAAGGUCAUGAGAAAAAAGAAAAUGAUCACCAACUAAAGAAACUCUUGAUUGUCAAAAAUUCUUCUUGUCAACACUUAAGGAAAUGUAUGGAGAACAGUUUGGAGAAUAAACAUACUGAUCAUAGAGUGUAAAAGGUUGACUGUCUAUCUGUACAUCAUUAAGCAGUUGCUUAUUUGCGGUGAUUUUUCUGGGGCACAUGUAGUCCUGGCUUGACAUUUACUCCUUCUCCUCUGAAGUGGAUCUGGGUUGUUCUUUAUUAUAGUUGCAGGAGAAUGAAAGAAAGCUUAACAGAAGCUUACAGGAGGUUAGAAACGUAGAAUUUGAGCUCGAAGAAGCUGCAUCAAGAAAAAAGGUAAAUCUUUCAUUGUUUUAAAGAGAAUAGAGACAAUGAAGAGGCCUUGCUAAACUAGAGUCAUCUUAUCCUCCAAUUAGAUUGCUAUCCAAGAAAUUCAAGUUCUUGAAGAAACGAUCACACGUAAUAAAGCUGAAGUCAACUCUUCCGAAAAUCUGGUGGAACAGUACAGGCAACAAGCAACCAAAACUAGGCAAGCUUUGUUUGUCGAAUGCUUUAACUUUAUUUUGGUUUGUCAAGGUUAUAACGUGUUAAUAAACUGUAACCACAAAUGACUCCAAUCUCGGCUAGGUUGGUCUUAUCCUGGUUUUGUAAGCCCCGUGGGAGGGGAGGGGAGGGGGAAGUGGACACUCAUUUUCUUUGCUUAGCGUCCUCCGGGUGUAUUUCUGGCGCCGACGCAUUGAAAAUUAAUUUACUCGUGUCGUGUCUGACACAUUAUUUUACAUGUUGUACAUCACAGAUCUCAACUUAUGGACCUUGAACUACAGCGAGAUAACAUCCAACAUGAAAUCAAAGAGCUCCGAAACUGUCUCGCUAAACAGAAACAAGAGUCGAAACAAGUUGUUGAAGUCGAAAAGAGAAACGAGUUGAAAGUCUUAGAGCUGAGCAUAGAGAAAGAUAAAAUUCAAAGCGAAGUGGAGUCAUUACGAUCUCAAUUUAAACACGCUGAGAGCAAUUUUGCUCAAGAAAAACAGAAAUAUGUGGAAAAGCUUAGACUGGCUCAAGAACAACUGCAAGAGGAGCAGCGAGCAUCGAAAGACAGUGUUGAAAAACUCAAACAGGUUGGUGGAAAUGUUGCCACAAUACAGCUUUGAAGAGAUAAAAAUCUUGCGCGGUAUGUGAGUUGGUGUUGUAUUAAGUGUGAAGUAUAUCGGAGUCGAUUUCGCGUAAGAAGGCAAACAAUCAAAUAUUGUGAUCGCUAGGGUGAGAUGGGUCGUGAAAAGGAAUUUUGUCGGGGAAAGUAACUGCCGUUUUGGAAACCUUAGUGGAUAGUGGAAGUCAUCGUCAGAGCCACAUGAACAACAAAUAUGAUCUUCUGCUGUGUUGAUACAUUUUCUUUCUUCUCCUUUUUAUAGCAACUUGAAGACGAACGUCAGAAGGCUCGGGAUUCUCACUACGAAAGAAUCAAUGCCAUUCACAAACUACAAGAUGAAUCAAAAGAGAUGCAUGAAAAGGAAGUCGAAGUGCUAAAAAACAGAUUUGUGAGGGUGAGUGAUAACACGGAUGCCAACACUUCUUUCCUUUUAAUGCUUCAACCCCUAAGAGUGACUGGCUUCUAAUCUCUCCUCACAAUGUCACGCUUAAAUCAAACAUUAAGGCCAGGAGAAUUGAGGAAAUUAGCUCUAAAUAAAAAAGCUCUCUAUUUAAAAAAAUUCUCCUUUUCAAGACGUUAUGAAAUGUGUAGAGAACAGUAUGGAGAAUAUGCAUACUGAUCUUAGGGUGAAAGGGGUUAACUACUUCUCAAAAGUUACAAAAUUUUAAGGAAACAGCCGACAAUGUAGUUUGCAGGAGUAUAAACCUUUCAAUGUUUUUUAUUAUUAUUUUAUUUCCGGAAGGUGAUGUUUCAUCGUCAUUUCUUUCGUUCUCCCUGCUGGAUUAUCACUGACUGAGUCUUCAAUACAAAAUGAAAGACCGUUUCUCUUUCCGUUUUUUUUUCUUUUGUUUUUAUUUUUGUUGUUGUUGUUGCACAGGAAAAAGAAAUGGAAUUGGAGACGCUGCGUGAAAAAAAUCGAAGAGAUACAGAAGGACUUAAUAAAAAGUUACAGGUAUAGUUAUCCAUCCAUCCAAUCAGAAACAUGGUCCAGUACUUCUCUGCAGAAAACUGGCCUGGCGUUGAAAAGUUGAACCCUUUCAAUUAUAGGAUCUAGAUAGUUAUUCCACUUUAUGGCUGCCUCAACGUUUGUUUGACUUAAAAUCUGAGAAUUUGAUGUUAAAGCAAACAAUGAUGAUUAGAAUCUUCACCUCUUCUAAACUGCGUAGAUAUUGAACGAAAGUCAGUCACACCUACGCCAAAAAACACGGCACGUGAAAAAAUUAUUUUCCUUUUGUUUCCUAUACUAUUAACUCCUUCACCCUCCGCCCUCUCGGCAUUGAGGCUUCUCGUCUGAUCAUAGGCUGUUUGAAGGGGGCGGAGAAGGGGCGUAGUGAUCGAGGUACGCGACCCCACCCAGACCUCCCCUCUUCUGCUGCGCUGCUAUCAGGCCUCGGUAACUUAUUGAAAGCCAAGAACGGGGAAACGAUAAUAUUUGAGAGUUGUUACAGGAUAGCUGUACGCAACGACGUUUUACUUCAUCAUAGGAACAAGACCACACGAUAACUCAUUUACAGAGCAGCUUGAAAGAGUACGAGGAGGAAAUAGCAAAACUUAAGACUCAAGUAUUCCAAGAACAACAGAAGUUAUUUGAUUGUGAGAGCGAAUGGAAAGAGAACUGGGCAAAACAAGACACGCACGCCAAGUCCUUGAGAAUUGAGGUACAUGAAUCUUUAAAUAAAGUUUCACUGCCCGCAAAAAUGUAAAUGCUUGGAGUAAAGCAAACAUGCAAAAAUCUUGUGAAAUCGAAUGAAAGUUUUUUUCUUAUUUUCUGGUUUGUUGAAAAUUAUAUAGUUUAACGUACAUCUACUUAGAACGUAAUGGGCCAAUAAAUGCCAAACGCGGGAAGCUCCACGAAAACCAACAACGAAACAUUUCUUCUUGGGUCACAAUUGAACAGAAAAAGAGCAACUUUUAUGUAGCUUGGGCAAAUUUAAUGAAAUGCGCUCAUAUCGCUAUAAAGUGUCGUCGAUCUUUGUUCAUGGGUUACAAUCUUUGAAUUAUUUUCAGAUUGACUCUCUGAACGAAAAAGAGACAUUUCUUCACGAGAAGAUAAGAAGAACCGAGCAGGUUAGUUGAUUUUGUUAUGGUGAAUUGAAUUGUUGGUGGAAGUAGCUUUGCCUGUAAUCUGUUCCUGACUGAAGCGUGUUUUCAAUCUUUCAGCUCCUAGAAGAGAAAGUUUUGGAAUUGAAAAGACACGAGGAAAAGUCUGCUUCUCUGUCUGAAGAGCUCAAUCAAGUUAUGAAGGUAAGCAGAAGACACCCCGUUAAGUAUUCGAGUAACUGAAUCGAGCGAACGAUUAGCGAUUCUGUUAGAGAAGGGCAUUAUUAAGUUUGUACGACAACCGAGGGCUUGUAGCUGUCUAGUAAGGCCAGGUCAGUCCUACUUACACGGAUGAGCUAGUUGAAAUUGUCGAUACACCACUGUCACGGUUGACCCAAAGGCCAAUGAAGUCAUUUUGAAUCCCUUUUCGACCUCCGCUGAAACGGACUGAAUAAAAGGCUUACAAGUUCCCCUCAAAAGAUUUCCUGGAACUCUUUCCUUUCUCUGGUAGAAUAAAGAUGAUGAAAUUGUAAUGUUACGGGGCCUGGUUCGUCAGCAAGAAGACGCCACAAGAUUACUGGGAGAGAGGAUGAGAAACGAAGCACAGGAGCAUGUGAGUUUACAGAAAGAUUGCAAUUUAAAAACAUAGCGUACUCUGCAAUACGUCGAUUUUAUGUUACUCUUGAUAAUAAGCCAAGGUUCAAUCCUCUCUAAUUUUAAACCUGAUGGUACCCCUCACGAUUUUAAAGUUAUGGCUAGUAAGAUCUGUUCCUAUUAUAACCGUCGUAGAUGAUCUUCAACUCUAGAAGGUUCCAUGUAAAGCGCCUUUCGAUUGAGUGUCGUAAAACCAAAACCAACAGCCAAUCAGAAAAGGGAAAUAUUAAUGUGAACCAAUAAGAAAAACGAGUAAACUGCGCAAAGCGCGGGAAAACGCGAGUAAUCAAAGCGCGACAAGGAUUCAAACCUUAGAUCUUUGGCAUUUGUAGACUGGUGCGCCUCUAGUGAGCUAAAGGGAACUCAAUGAAAUUACUGAGCCGCAUGUCAGAUUCAUAUGUGAUUAGCAUCCUGCAUACUACCAUGAUUAGCAAUGUCAAAAGCAUCAAGCGUGUAAUUACACAAACUAAAACGGUCGUGGAACGCCGAAAGAAUGAUGUCGAUCUUUUGUCAUCAGGCUCUUUGGACUGUUUCCUUAAAAUAUUUUUUAAAAGAUUAUGAGUAAUGGCUGAUCGUUGUUUCUGGCAGAUUCGAAAUGCUCUGGAAAAGGAACGGGAGUCAACAGACCGUGAGCGCGCUCGGCACCAGGCCAAACUGGAGGAAAUACGCGACAAAUAUGAAUCAGCGCUGAAGCAAGUGAGAGAGGAACUGGAGGCUGAGAGACAAGGGCACCAUCACCUUAAUGCUUCAGUCAAUAAAAUAAAAAAGGUUGGUGGAAGAAAGUUGUCUAUCACUGCCAGUAACCAGAGUCAUUUGUGUUGACACAUCAUGAUUGGCGUUUCACACUUUUGGGGCUCAAAGAAUUAAGGAGCUUUGUCGCCGCUUCUGUUUCUUUCAAAAAAUGCCUAAUCUUUCGAAUCGGUGCCCUUUUACUCCAUUGCCAUCCAUUUGUGUUCCCUUUCAUUUUUCUUUUGCUCCUUUGGUCUUUAUUUACACAUUGAAUCGGUUUCUUUUAAUCAACAAUCAUUUUCAUGUAUCUAAAGCCCCACUUGAAAUAUAGUGAUGCAACUCUUUCAACAGAGGACAGCUUUUCUGGCGCAGUAAAUUACGGGUAUAAUCACUCUCGGUAACUAGAAACUUUGAAUUUGGGUGUUACGAAGAAAACCGGGAAAACUGUGCGCGCUCUUGACGCCGAUGAUUUAGCUCCUUACCUUUGGACGGACUUUAGGAAUGUUAUUUGAUCGCGUACUCUCAGCUUAUUAACUCUAAACUCUGGUUGUGAGGCAAUUUUGGUAUUGUUUGAUCACAGUGUUCCUGCCUUACAGGAAAUUGAACGGUUGCGAGAACUGAACCUGCAGGCUGAACAGGAAAAAGUGAACGCUGUGGCUCAUGUUAGAAGUGAAGCUAAAGAAGAGAUUGUGAAGAUGAGGGAUAAAAUACAGGAGGUAAUAGAGAAAUGAGGGACCCCCAUCAGCAUCUGGGCAACUGCUCACCUCCCCCUCCCCCUCCCCCUCCCCCUAACCCAACAGUAACCUUAACUUGUUGUCAAUUGACUGUUGUUGAGUUAGGGAAGUUGCCCAGGGGAUAGGUUUACAAUACUACAGUAGCAUCUCCUUUGACCAGACUCUUUGGAUAUGUGAUAUUGAUGCCCCCUACCCCUUUUAUAUAUUCCAAUUGACGGCCCAUACUGAUAUUGAUCCCACUCUUUUAUAUAUUCCGACAGACGGCCCAUACAGUACAUUAGCCUUUCAACACAACUUUCGACAAAGAAGUGACGAUAUCCUUUUAUCGAUGAAAACUUUCAAUGGAAAAAGGAGAUAUUUGUAUAAACCUGGUAAUUGCUAACAGAUCAUUUGUUUGAUUUAUUUAGCUGACCGCAUUGGCAGAAACCUCCGAGAAAGAGACCGCCAUGGAACUCACAGAGGAGUGUCGGAAAACGGCCGCGUUGCUUGGAGAUUCUGCUAACACUACCCCUGUGAGGUAAUUACAAAUCAGAGGAGUGCAUUUUGACCGGGUCGUGAAAUUAAAGCCAAAUAAAAUCUUCCCGCCAGCAAAUCAGUUCAAAGAUAAAAAGCACAAUUGACCAAUGAGGGCUUAGAGAGUAACAUUACCGCCUAAUGCUCAUCUGAUUGGUUGAAAGAGUGACGCAGGGUUUCUUGACGAAUCACAACGUUGCAAAGAGAAACCACUGCAAUCCUUUGGACAAUCAUACCAACUCGAAAAUCCCGCUAAGAUGUUCAAUACCUAAUCGGUUUCAUUUGUAAAUAGAGUCUCGGUAAUUUUAGAAUACUUCCUUCUAAACUGAAGCCAAUUUUUUUUUUUUCUUGUAGGAAUUUGUCAAACAGUUAUGUUGGUGAAAGUCCUCGAUCAACCACUGACAGUCCUGCCCGGGAGGCGCUGGUAACUAAUAAAGUUGUAGAUUUGUUGAAAAACGUUACCACCACAUUCAUUGAAAACUCUUUUUCCGUUCGAAGACUGCUUAAUGAAACCUGCUUUGGUAUUUUCCUUCUCGCCAUGAAAAUAACGUGCUCCGUGUUUCCUUGCGUUGCAAAGCAGGCUAAUUUAAGAUUUGUUCUUCUUUUAACUCAAUUACAGCUGAAUCUGCGCUCUUACAAUGAAGAGUUACGACAGCAUUUGAUUGAAGCCCGUAAGGAGCUGGAGCAAAACAAUAGAGAACUGUCCCUCAAGAAACAGGUAUUUACCAUUAAGGAGAGCUAGGCAAAAUGUAUUUCACCCUUAGGAAUGGGGAUCGUGGGGAAUGGAGGAAAUAUGUCAGAAGUGUGACAGAUCGUUAGAUAUAGUAAGAACGGAAAUGUAUAUUGAACUCAGCGUUCAGAUCAGUGAGUUGGAAGAUCAAAUUUUGUCCAUUGGCUGAUAAAGUAAACCUCUAACUUGUAUGUAAACUCGAUCUCGUCUGAUUCAAAGUCUUGCCCCAAAAAAUUCCAUCUUAUCGCAGUAAAGAGACAGUUGAUGUCAUUAUCGUUGUCGCUUUACAGGAAAAUACUUUUGAAUCACUAAUUAUCAGCUAGGAAAGUAUUGGACUUCAAAAACUUUUUCUUUCAGUAUGCAAUCUUACGAGGUGCAUAAAGAUUGCUUAACAACUGCACUCAAUGAGGUAAAUUUAUGACAACCAAUUUACUUUGAAACGUUGCUCAAUCAGUUUCAGCAACCAAGUAACGGAGACCUCCUCCCUCAACAAGUGCAACUGUUCAAAAAGACGCUUAUUGCGAAGGUAGGAAUCAACCAAACAUUCUGGCUAAUCUCGACUUUCUAGGAUUUCUGAUGUUCUCUCUCUCUCUCUUUGUCGUUUCAGGACGAAGAAAUAACCAGAACGAAAAGGUAACAAAACUUUUUCCUUUCCUUGUGAAGAUUUUUAAAAUGGAAAAUCAAUGCUUGAUUGCUUGAUUGAUGUCUUCCCUCUUCAACAGGCAGCUGCAAGAGGAAAGUGAAAGGAAUGCUUUACAGAUCAAGUCAGAGAGAACGGUGGGUAAUUGAUCACUUUGUGUGACGAUAAAUCAGUUACUUAAAGGGGCUAGGUCACGCUGCCAGUUUGUGCACUGAGUUCUUUCAGUUUGACACCUAUAGCUGUAAUUGGGAAUGAACUUCAAUUAGUUCUCUGUUUUAUCUCAGGCAUAUCAAAAGACCAUAGAUCGCCUGGAGAGGGAACUCAAGCACGCAAAGGCUGCGGUAAAUGCAACUUCUUGUCAAUAGCAAUAAGAAAGGAAUAUUAUCGUGUCUCUUGGCUUUUCAAAGUUUGCUUCCGAUGAAGGUCGUGAUGUUUCGAUUGCAUAGCAUUGUAUUUUUUAUACUGACCGAUUGCGUGUCGCACAGGAAAUUUUUUUUUUUUGUUACUCCUCUCUCAUCUAAAAAUCAUCUCAUUUACUUAGACUCCUGCUGGCAGCCCCAUGGUAAACGGGACUUCCUCUCCUCCUGAGAGUGGCGUUGGCACCAGUCUCAGUUCGACGACUCCAAGCCCGAGGCCUGGGGAGGACUCUAGCACGGCGCGUCUUUUGCGACACUUACAAGGCAGAGUGCAACAAUUGCGGGCGCAAAAUGACAGUCUGCGGAAGUCAUCUGAGAACGAGUCCUUAAAUGACAGUCACUGUAGUGUGAUGUCAACGGAGUCGGUAAGAUAUUAUCUAGGUACACGUCCCCCAAGUGGGUAUUGUGCCCAUUACGAUUGUCUGUUUCAAUCUCGCUCUGACGAAGGGCUAACGCUCGAAAAGUCAGCUUCAGAAACUCUUUACGGUGGCCAAUUUAUAUUAUCAACUCAUUUGAUUAAACCAAAUUAUCAUAAGAUAGUAUCGCAAUAGCUUUUCUUUUUCUCGAAGUUUAUUUCUGAUAACCUCAUGUAUUCCCUGAAACUGAAAAGUCCUUUUAACCCUUUAACUCCCAGGAUCUGAUUCUUAAUUCUCCUCUCUGGCUGCUACACAAUUCCUCGUAGGAUAGUUACAAGAAUUUGGUGUUUGAUCAAGUUAAAAACUUCUACUUGAUAAGCUGGAGUAUUCUCAUCACCUGUUUGCUGGAUAAUGUAUGGAUACUAUAGGAAGAAGUUACAUGUUAAUCACUUCUGGGUGUUAAAGGGUUAAUAACAGACCAGAAAGGCCAGAGAGCCGUCCUGUUGGUUAUUUUCUUCCCUUGCCGUGUCUUCAUCCAACAAAGAGAUAUUAAGAGAAACUCAGAUCACUAACAUUUUACGUAAACGAUACAGAAUUUGACCAGUUCUGGAGCUAAGAACGGCUCUGACUUUCUUCAGAUUUAGAUUUAGAUUAAAUCAUGGCUUCGGGUUCGUAAAUUUAUCAGGACUCUCAGGAAACUGGCCACCAUUUUAGACGUAUGUCUCUUUGCCGACCCUUAAAUUCCAUUCGUCCCUCCGUCUCUACUUUCUUUUCCCUUUCUUCUUUAACUUUGCAUUUAUUAGUAUGAUUUGGUUCUCGUAUAGUUCAACGGAGGCGAUGCUGAAGAAAACAAAAGACUUCUCGCUGCACUGAAGGUAAAUAUAUGAUUCCAACGUUCAUCUUUGUCUAUUCCGUAAACUUUUUGUCCAUCAGGCUCUACUCCUAAAUAUUAGGGAGUUCGUUGAAUGUCAUCAUGGAAAAGAUGAAUUGAUCAAAUUUUAUAAUCUCGAAAGGGUACCAUCCCCAUCGCAAGAUCAGCCUUUUGUUCUUAUUGUAAUUGCAGUAUUUAUGAUGUUACUUUGUGUUUCCGCUACAGACAACAGAGGACAAGGCACAAAGAAACGCAGCCAUGUUGAGUCAGAAGAUGAUGGAGAUGACCAAGCUACAGAAAAUGCUCACGCAUGCGACUAAGGUAACCGUAAAUGUAACGCUACGUAAAAUCAGGCGCGCUUCGUCUAUUAAUUUAGCUUUAGGUUCUUUGAGACGUUAAUUCACUCGGUUUUGGCUGUUCUUACGAGCCUUGAUACAGUUCCCUCUCCGUUUCAAAGUUUUUUUUUCUUCCAUACGAUAGUUUGUCAAGUGUUUGUAUUGACAUAGCGUGGAAGAAUUUUAGUGUUUCCGCGCUGUUAGUCCUGAAAUUGUCAUUUGGUUGUCCAGAGUUUAAUUCCGCUGUAAGAAACCAAAGUUUCUAUAAAUUUGAACUAAAACCUUGUAUGAAUGAAAUAAUUUUUUCUUUUAUUUUACGCUACAGCCGCCAUUGACACUAGUAAUAUGCAACCUCGUAAAAAAUUUUCAGGCUCAAAUAAAAGAAUGUUGUGCAAAGUUGCAACGUUUUGUACCUGUUUUGAUUUGUUCAAUGGCAUAUUCAAUGUAUGAUGUGCCAAUAAAAGAUAACACUUCGCGUUUCGCCUGUGGAAACCUGGAAUCUUAACAUAUGGCUUAUCUCCUUAAUGUUACUUCGGGUUUUCUCAACCUGAUUCUAGAAAAAUAACCUGAUUACAUACCACUAGCUGUCACUUCAGCCGAAAAUCCUUGCUUACUACUCACUGUUGUUGCAAGUGCUCAAGCUACAUCGUCUCUGUGAUAACGUCUCUGUUGCACAACUCUGCUGAAACGAAAACCACAUAUCGGGGGUGCCAUGGUUGAAUUUUCAAAUGGGGCACGUGACACGAAAUUAGAAAAUGGUUGUUUGAAGUCGAUUUGUUGAUAAGAGUAAGCGAAGACUCCAUUCAUAAAUCUUGAUGCACCCUUUAAGUACCAAUCGCAACUUUUACCCAUUUUAAUAGUUAUCUUUCUAUUUUGCAGGAAAACAUGAAGCUGGAAAGAGCUUACGCUGCCUUACAACGCAAAAUUAUUGACAAUGCAAGAUAGCACAAAAUGCCUUUGUAAUAUUUUAAAAUAGUCUCAUAUACUUACGUUAUAAAGCUUUUAUUAUCCAUUCAGGGGGUAUCUUUCGUCAAAUGUUUGUUAUAUUUUUUUGGAGUGUUUUUCGAAAUUUGAAGUUAUUUUUACCAAUCGAUCUUUUUAGUGCUUAUCUCAAUGGAUUGAGAGAUCUUAAUCAUUUGUUGUAUCAGCCUAACCUCUUUAAGCCAUUUGUAAACUCAGAGAAGGUUGACUACCUGAGUAUAAUUCGCUGAAGUUUUUACAUAGAAUGUUCUGAUUGGUAAACGGGUGUUACUCGAUGUUUUUCAGUUUUUAAGGCCAGAACACACUCGAUGACAUAUGAUCACGACAGGUCUCUGCCAUACACCAUGUAAUGUAUACUACUUCCAAAACUAGCCGCAGUGAGCCACCAAACUCAAACCAGUGACGUAUUUUAGGUAUAAAAUUAUGUUACAGCUACAGAGACUUUCUCGCAUUUUUUAAAAUUAUCACUGCGAUUUGUCGCCUCGUGUCUCGGCCUUGAAUAUUCGAAAUGAAGACCUCAUUCGCUCGAAACUAACCAAAAAACCGGGCCAAAGUAUACGAGUUUUCCUCAAGUCAAUAAACAGAGGCAGUUAC